CAGGGCACUAACUUCAUAUAUGUAAGGUACACCAUACCCCCGGCCGGGAUUGAACCCGCGGUCAUAGAGUCUCAAAACUCCAGCCCGUCGCGUUAGCCACUAGACCAGCUAGCCACAAUAAGAUUCAUCCAACUAGGUAUAUUUCUACACCAUAGGAAGGUUAGCACAGGCACCACUGUGACCACAAAUGCAAGUUUUUACAGACGAAUCUCCAACUAGCGUGGCCGUGACGAACUCUAGCUCAAGUCCCUUCACUGCCGUCAACAUGACUCAAGAAAUCGUAAUGACACGAUUGCAAACAAACCAUACCCCCGGCCGGGAUUGAACCCGUAAUCGUGUCAUUACGAUUUCUUGAGUCAUGUAAGGUACACAUUAAUCAGGUAUAUUGUGUACAUUCGUUGUUAUUGAGGAAACGUUUUCUUUGAUAAUUUGGAUGAAAUUCGUGGCUUAGCGCUUCUUUUUGAUUAUAAUAUAUAUUUGGAUGAAAUUCAUAGAGGUGUUUCCCCUCAACCUCGUCCGAAACUUCGUCUGCACUAACGUAUCGAGCUCGGAUUAUGUCCAAAUUUAAAAUGAAUAUAGUAUGAGUGGAAAUAUAGCACGAGUGGAAAUAUAGUAUGAGUGGAAAUAGAGAUAAUGAUUAUUAGAAUUAACUUAACUUAUCAGUAGUGAUCAAGGAGAAAUAAUCAGCGAAAUAUUAGAGCUAAAUUACCUCUAGCUAGUUGCCUUGAUACUGGUCAGGAACACAUGAUCCAAGAAACUGAACCUAUCUUUCCUUUCCUUUCCUCGGAUCGAACCUGAUUGCCUCCCAUUACCUCAGGCGUUGUAGAACCCCUUUGGGUUUAGCGCUUCUUCCCACGAAUGUAAUAAUUAUAACAGUGCUAAGUCGAGUUGGAAGCCAAAGACAAGAGUUGAGACACUUUGACAAUCAGCUGUUCGAGGCUCUGCUCACUGGAGCAGAUUUUCUUUAUAUUUUGUGUAGAUCACAAUCUGGGGAAGCUGCCACAGUCAUAUAACUCUACAAUGAUAUAUUGCUGAGUGUGUCCGCCGCAGUAUGGAUGGUGUGGAUAGGUUCUCGUUACUCCUGCUCGAGCCUGGAGAGAUUUACUUUGAAGAUUUUGCUGCAGUCUAUAUUCUUCCGGAGGAGAGUGCCAAUAAUAAUGAUGGAUGGGAGGAGAAGUUUGAGGAUGGACUACUGAGAGGAAGACUUAAGGUGUGUUCAAAGUCUCUUGUGUUUGACCCCCGAGACAUCCGGGCUCCUAUUAUCAAGUUUCCAUUUCGCACAUUCAACAGUGUUGUUGAAAGCAAAACUACUCGGACUAAUGAGCUUCUUUACAGUGAAGGUGAGAAGAGUGUUGUUGAGGUGACCUGUAGUAUGACAGUGGAGAUGCUAGAGGGAGGAGUGUUACAACCAUAUAAGUUCUGCAGAGAAGAUCACAAACACAAGUUUCAGCUGAUAUAUGCAGAAGUGACAACAGUUUUGCCACAGAUUUGCCAAUUGCAGAGAGCUUCAACAUUGCCACCUAAUGACCAAAACACAAUGAUUCAAGCAAUUGUUAGAUCAAGACAAAGCAGGCAAAAAUUUGACAGAUCAUUGCUAGGUGACCUCUCAGAGACUGAAGUCUUUGAGACCAAGGCUAACAAAGUGACACCAUUAGUGACUAAUCCGGGUACUGUACUCCUCACUACCUCAAUGCUCUACUUCCAACCUCACAACAAUGCUGACAAACAGUAUCCUGUGAUAAGAAUUGGUUUGCCAGACAUCCGGCAAAUCAUAAAGCGACGUUAUCUCCUGAGACAAGUGGGUUUGGAAGUAUUCUGUCGUGAUCAGUGCAUGGUGAAACAUCUGUUUUUGACUUUCAAGGAGUCUGAGGAUAGAGAAAACCUGUACAAGCUGCUAACAGAACAGGAGAAAGUGAACGUGGAUGACAUGCGCCAGGACAACAUGAGUUACCAGUGGCAGGCCGGGGCUAUAUCUAACUAUGACUACCUCUGUUAUCUCAACAGUCAAGCUGAUAGGAGUGAAAAUGAUUUGACUCAGUAUCCGGUGUUUCCUUGGGUGCUGGCCAACUAUGUGAGUGAGUCUCUGGACCUGACAGAUCCUGCUAUAUACCGUGACCUGUCAAGACCCAUAGGUGCACUUAAUGAAGAAAGACUGAAAAGAUUAAAGGAGCGCUGUAAAGACAUGCCUGAGCCAAGGUUUUUGUACGGCUCUCACUAUUCAACACCAGGGUUUGUGUUGUUCUAUCUUGUACGACAGUACCCCCAGUAUAUGUUAUGCCUGCAGAAUGGCCGCUUUGAUCAUCCUGAUAGAAUGUUCAACAGUCUUGCUGAAACUUGGUUCAAUGUUACUUCCAAUCCAUCAGAUUUCAAAGAACUUAUUCCAGACUUCUACAAUUUGGAUGGUUCAGCAGAUUUUUUGGUGAAUUCAUUACGAAUAAAUUUUGGUGUAAGGCAGAAUGGAAAACCAGUCAAUGACGUAGAGCUACCCCCUUGGGCAAAGGAUCCUCGCAGUGUGAUAAAAAUUAUGCGAGAAGCUCUUGAAUCGGAAUAUGUCUCAAAUAAUUUGCAUCAAUGGAUUGAUCUUCUGUUUGGCUACAAGCAGAAUGGGGAAGAGGCAGAGAAAGCUGAUAAUUUAUUUUACCACCUUUGCUAUGAGGGAUCUGUGGACCUGACUGCAAUUACAGACCUCAAUGACAGGCUAGCAUUAGAAGUUCAAAUCACUGAAUUUGGGCAAGUUCCUAAACAGCUGUUUACAAAACCACAUCCUCGAAGAUCAAGAUCAUAUGGCCUUUACGAUUCUCUUCAUCUAAGUGAUGUACUUGAAGGUGAAUUAGAUUCUGUAGAGGAUUCUGCUGAGUGUGAGGAAAAUUGUGAAAGAGGAGCCAGUUUAGAGGUACAGAAUCUCUGGCAGAGGUUAACUGAUCUUCAGCAACUGCAUGAAUGUAAAGUUCACCGUGAUGUCAUCCUGGGAGUGGCUUUUACAACUGAUGCAAAGCAAGUUAUGUCUGUUGCUCAGGAUUCCUUAAUAAAAGUGUUCACUGUGCCAAAGUUGGAGCAGGUUAGAAUAACUUAUAACAUUGUAAAUAUUUUAUUUUCACUGAGCAGAUACACAUACAGUCAGGAAUAUGGAGAAGUGUGUCUGCUCCUGGAGGCUCAUUGUGAUGCAGUCUCUUGCAUUCAGUGGAACAAAAAUGUUCUUAUUACAGGAUCAUGGGAUUGCACGGCACGGGCAUGGUCAGUAAAAAAUGGUGCGGGUAAUAGUCCAGGAAAUGAAGAAAACCAAAGAGGAAGCAGAAAUUUGAUGUCUGCUUUGUCUGUUGGCCAAAACAUUAUUUGUGAAAUGGAUCAUGACUCUCCAAUACUGUGUUUGGCCCUGCACCCGGAGGGAUCCUUGUUAGCCACUGGCAAUCAGGAUGGUGUAUUAACCCUGUGGCUGCUGCCUGAUGGUGAUCUGGUGCACCAGUUAAACUGUCAUGAAGGUAGUGUGAAUACAGCAGUGUGGAGUGCAGUUGAUGAUCGCAUAUUGACUGGUGGUGAGGAUGGCCAACUGACCAUCAUUGAAGCUUACCAGGGGACAAAAAUCUGUGCACAUAGCCUGCAAGAAAAUGUAAGGUGUGCGGCAUGGGAGGGGCGACUGGUGAUUGCAGGAGGAGAGUCUGGUGAUGUUAUAGUGUUUGAUAUGGGCACUGGCUUGGUGAUCAAGAGGUUUCCAGCACACAAUGGUCCUAUUACAUGUUUAGCAGUGAGUCCAGAUAAUAGACAUCUAGCGACCGGUAGCGAAGAUCGGAAAGUUAUACUGUGGGGUUUACAUUCUUGAAAGUUGGGAUAAAUGCUGUGCUUCUUUUUUUUUUCUUAUUAUACCUCACUUGCGUUGCCUUGACCCACAUAAUUUCAUUGGGGAAGUUUGUGUGGCCAUGAGACGAGCCUUGCAGAGACGAGUUGCUGGAGCUGACCAGCAGUAGUUUAAGGCAUUAUAGGUUUUAAGUACCAAAAGUAUUUUUUAUAAAAUGUUUUAUUUUUUUAGUUUUCCUAGACAUUAUCUACACUGAAGAGUAAAGGUUAAUGAAAUGUGAUACUAGGUAGUCUCAUGUAUGUACACAUUGUGAUAUUAUAACGCUUAUAACUUGAAUAUUCUGAUACAACUCUGUCUUAAAUUACAGUACUUUCAUAUAUAAGCAAUUUUUAUGAGGAAAGUUGAAGCAAAUCCAUUCACAUGGGAAAUUUUUGCUUAUUUGCUGUUUGCAAAAUGGAAAUUCUGCUUACUAGUAACACAAUACUAAAUUUGUUAGUGAAUUUUAAAUUUUUAACGAAAGUGCCCAUAUUCAACAAUAUCUAUUAAAGUGGGGAGAGGAAGUAAUAGAUUUAGGUAUACUAUAUAGGUUCACAAUGUUACUGGGAGCGACAGUGGUAGGGGUGAUAAUAAAUUUAGAAUAGAUUUAGGUUUAUGGUCUUAGUGUUACUAAGACUGGCAGUGGCAGUAGUAGGAAAGAGCUCAUGGGUGAUGGUAUGGUAUAUUUAGAUAAAGGCAUGAAGCUGACAGUAACAAAAGACAGGUGUAGAGUAAGCUUUUACUAUAACAAUGUUUUGCUUUAUGUAGAGCUUUGAUGUAACAAGACUCUACACUGAGUGAAAUGUUGUCAUAAUAAAAGAUGCUCUAAACCUAUCUGUUCUUAAUUACUGUAGAUUUAGGUAUAUAGACUAAACCUGUAGGAGUCGUGUAGUGCCUAGGGAAUGGGAGGUAUUAAGGUUUCAUCCAAGAAGGAAAGGUUAUGUUCAAUUCCUUGAAUUAAGAGCCCCUUACCGGCAUCAAAGUGGCCCCCCUGAGAGGAUAAGUCCUACAAUACUAGUAGUAGUAGUAAUGGGGAGGGAAGGGGUGAUAGAUUUAGGUAUGCUGUAUAGAUCUAGUGUUGCUGAGUGUGGCACUGGUAGUAGUAGGGAAGGGAGGGGUUAUAAUAGAUUUAGGUCUAGUCCUGCAGUGUUACUGUGAUGGCCUUACAAACACUGUAGCUGAAUGAUUUGCUUUACCAAAGUAAUCAUUUUAUUUAUAUUAGUAAUAUUUUCAGAAUAUUUUGUAUAUUUACAGUUUUUCUACAGUUCCAUUAGGGUGGUAACUGAAUUUAGGAGUGAUUGGUGGAAUGAUGAAGUAAAGGGUGUGAUAAAAGAGAAAAAGGUAGCUUACGAGAGGUUUUUACAAAGCAGAAGUGUUAUAAGAAGAGCAGAGUAUAUGGAGAGUAAAAGAAAGGUGAAGAGAGUGGUGAGAGAGUGCAAAAGGAGAGCAGAUGAAAGAGUGGGAGAGGCACUGUCAAGAAAUUUUAAUGAAAAUAAGAAAAAAUUUUGGAGUGAGUUAAACAAGUUAAGAAAGCCUAGGGAAAGUAUGGAUUUGUCAGUUAAAAACAGAGUAGGGGAGUUAGUAGAUGGGGAGAGGGAGGUAUUAGGUAGAUGGCGAGAAUAUUUUGAGGAACUUUUAAAUGUUAAGGAAGAAAGGGAGGCGGUAAUUUCAUGCACUGGCCAGGGAGGUAUACCAUCUUUUAGGAGUGAAGAAGAGCAGAAUGUAAGUGUGGUGGAGGUACGUGAGGCAUUACGUAGAAUGAAAGGGGGUAAAGCAGCUGGAACUGAUGGGAUCAUGACAGAAAUGUUAAAAGCAGGGGGGGAUAUAGUGUUGGAGUGGUUGGUACUUUUGUUUAAUAAAUGUAUGAAAGAGGGGAAGGUACCUAGGGAUUGGCGGAGAGCAUGUAUAGUCCCUUAUAUAUAAAGGGAAAGGGGACAAAAGAGAUUGUAAAAAUUAUAGAGGAAUAAGUUUACUGAGUAUACCAGGAAAAGUAUAUGGUAGGGUUAUAAUUGAAAGAAUUAGAGGUAAGACAGAAUGUAGAAUUGCGGACGAGCAAGGAGGCUUCAGAGUGGGUAGGGGAUGUGUAGAUCAAGUGUUUACAUUGAAGCAUAUAUGUGAACAGUAUUUAGAUAAAGGUAGGGAAGUUUUUAUUGCAUUUAUGGAUUUAGAAAAGGCAUAUGAUAGAGUGGAUAGAGGAGCAAUGUGGCAGAUGUUGCAAGUAUAUGGAAUAGGUGGUAAGUUACUAAAUGCUGUAAAGAGCUUUUAUGAGAUUAGUGAGGCUCAGGUUAGGGUGUGUAGAAGAGAGGGAGAAUACUUCCCGGUAAAAGUAGGUCUUAGACAGGGAUGUGUAAUGUCACCAUGGUUGUUUAAUAUAUUUAUAGAUGGGGUUGUAAAAGAAGUAAAUGCUAGGGUGUUCGGGAGAGGGGUGGGAUUAAAUUAUGGGGAAUCAAAUUCAAAAUGGGAAUUGACACAGUUACUUUUUGCUGAUGAUACUGUGCUUAUGGGAGAUUCUAAAGAAAAAUUACAAAGGUUAGUGGAUGAGUUUGGGAAUGUGUGUAAAGGUAGAAAGUUGAAAGUGAACAUAGAAAAGAGUAAGGUGAUGAGGGUAUCAAAUGAUUUAGAUAAAGAAAAAUUGGAUAUCAAAUUGGGGAAGAGGAGUAUGGAAGAAGUGAAUGUUUUCAGAUACUUGGGAGUUGACGUGUCGGCGGAUGGAUUUAUGAAGGAUGAGGUUAAUCAUAGAAUUGAUGAGGGAAAAAAGGUGAGUGGUGCAUUGAGGUAUAUGUGGAGUCAAAAAACGUUAUCAAUGGAGGCAAAGAAGGGAAUGUAUGAAAGUAUAGUAGUACCAACACUCUUAUAUGGAUGUGAAGCUUGGGUGGUAAAUGCAGCAGCGAGGAGACGGUUGGAGGCAGUGGAGAUGUCCUGUCUAAGGGCAAUGUGUGGUGUAAAUAUUAUGCAGAAAAUUCGGAGUGUGGAAAUUAGGAGAAGGUGUGGAGUUAAUAAAAGUAUUAGUCAGAGGGCAGAAGAGGGGUUGUUGAGGUGGUUUGGUCAUUUAGAGAGAAUGGAUCAAAGUAGAAUGACAUGGAAAGCAUAUAAAUCUAUAGGGGAAGGAAAGAGGGGUAGGGGUCGUCCUCGAAAGGGUUGGAAAGAGGGGGUAAAGGAGGUUUUGUGGGUGAGGGGCUUGGACUUCCAGCAAGCGUGCAUGAGCGUGUUAGAUAGGAGUGAAUGGAGACGAAUGAUACUUGGGACCUGACGAUCUGUUGGAGUGUGAGCAGGGUAAUAUUUAGUGAAGGGAUUCAGGGAAACCGGUUAUUUUCAUAUAGUCGGACUUGAGUCCUGGAAAUGGGAAGUACAAUGCCUGCACUUUAAAGGAGGGGUUUGGGAUAUUGGCAGUUUGGAGGGAUAUGUUGUGUAUCUCUAUACGUAUAUGCUUCUAAACUGUUGUAUUCUGAGCACCUCUGCAAAAGCAGUGAUAAUGUGUGAGUGUGGUGAAAGUGUUGAAUGAUGAUGAAAGUAUUUUCUUUUUGGGGAUUUUCUUUCUUUUUUUUUUUGGGUCACCCUGCCUCGGUGGGAGACGGCCGACUUGUUGAAAAAAAAAAAAAAAAAAAAAUGUAUACUAAUUGAUGCAGCAUGUCUGUAACUGGAAUUUUGGUUCCAAGUUAACUAUCAGAAGAUUCAAUGGCUGUUUUAAGGGUACAGCAUAAUGCAUUUGUUUCUUGUAAACCAUGUCAGACAUGCUGUUGUUAGCUUUGAUGGAAUUAUUUGCUAUUUCUCUGAUUUUUUGUCACAAUUUUGUAACCUUAAUGAACAGUGGUCAUUGCUACUUAAAUUUAAAUCUAUAAAGCUAAAACAGGUUUAUGAAGAACAUUUUAUCAUUAAAUAAUGAAGAAAAUAUUAGCUACCUAGAGAUGGUGUACCUGAACAGGAGGUAACUAAGGUAAAUUAAGUUUCUCUGCAUGAAACUGAUGUGUACAUUUUGAGAGAUGUAUUUUUCUUGAUGUAGAUGCAUUGAGAGUAGAAGUGUAUAUAUUUAGAGUUAAGUUUAGAAAUAGGGCUUACAAGUAUUCUUAUUGGUAUGCAGGUGAAAUGCAGUCUUGAUGAUACAGUUGAUAUUACAAUCAAAACUAAGUGCUAAACUCACAAGGGAUACAAUUGAUAGGCUAACCAAACACUAUAUUAUAACUACUGCAUAAUAUUCCUGAAUGAUGAUUGGUAUCUUUCAGAGCAGUUACAUGUCAAAAAUUUCUCUCCAAUACUGAAUUAAAGCAUUAAAAUUUUUGAUAAAUAAGAAAAAGUGGCUCUGUAUGAAGCCUACAGUGUGACCCAUACAAGUUUAGCACAAGUUUUGUAAUAUAAAUUAUGUAGUAUUUAUGAAGACUUUGGAUCUUUUCUCAAAGUCAUAGCAAUGUUCAUAUUUCUUGGAUAUUAAAAAAAUAUUUAAAAAUAAUUUUUAAUGUAUAAUGUGAAUUUUUAGUAAAGUAAGAAAUUUUUCACUGGUUUCCACCAGAAAACGAGGAACCGUAGUUUAUUUAGUGUAUUUUUUUUUAAUUAUACAACACUUCAGUUUCACACACAAAAAAAAAAAAAAUUCUCGUUUUGUGUAAAACUAAUGGUACAGAAAAAUCAUAUCUAGGUACUGUACAAUACUUUAAUGUACAGUUGAGACAUUAACACUCAUUUCUCUUCAAAAUGAAUGUACAGUAUAAGGUAUUGAUUUUGGCGAAAGUCUCAUGAAAGUGACAAAUGAGACUGUUGAUUGCAACAUCCUAAGUAGACUUGACAGAACUCUAGACAGAGAAAGCUGGCCAAGUCUAAAACUCAACCUUUCUUGCCCAGACUGAUAGUCAUUUAUUUAAAGUUAUCUUAAUAAACUGGUGUAUGUGGUUUGGGAAUGUGUACGUGUGCAUGGGGUUAGCAUGUUGCUAACUUAAAACUUUAUGUAGAUAUAUUGAGGCAUCAUGAAUUGUGUGAUAUUUCAGCUUUAAGUUUGGAUACUGAUAAUGUAAAGUAGAUCAAUAUGCAUUUCAAGUAAUCACAUGGAUGGCCUCACAAAACCUCCAAAUUAUUUCUUUAGGCUUAUUACUAUUAUUCUGGCCCCAGCAUUAGUGUCGUAGCCAGACACUUCAGGGCUAGAUGGUGCUCUGAAUAGUGUGCAUUACUAAUAUUAAUGGGAGCAUAUCCUGCAUGCUAAAUCAUGGAAAUGUUUCAUCCAAGCUCUUCCUUUUAUGAACAGUUGCUGGUAAUGGAAUAUUGCUUAUUGCUGUAAAGUAACAGCCUCAAAGUCUAUUUUUGCAUUCCUUGAAAUAUACCUGCUUAAUCUCAUCACUGGUAGGGUAGUUUGCUGGAAAGAAAGUAAGUGUUAAUAUUAUAUGUAGUACAUGAAGUAAUUUCCGUAAUGUUGUGGUCACGGCUGCAGGGAGAGUCUUGCAUAUUAGCAAGAAAAUGUGCAAUAAGUAUUCUUCCUUAGCAAAUUUUAUGCAAAAUAUCAUUCAGCAUUAAAUGCUGAAGGAUAAGUGUUAUAUUCAUAUAGUGUAGGUACAUUGUCUUGUUUUCAUGUAUACUGUUGCAUGACAAAUGUUAAGCUGUAUGUCUAGCUUAGGAGUAUGUUUUGGCUGAAUGAACAAAUGGGUUUAGCGGUCUUUUUUUGUUGUCACUAUUUAAAACUGCUGCUGAACACAUUCACUAUCAUAGAACCAAUGACAGCCAAUUAAGUAGGUUAUGUCUUCACAAAUGUUCAAGGUGCCACUAUUGGGUUGGCUUAGUGGAUUAAUGUUGACAGUGAAUACUAUAGUAGUUUGUAAGUUAAUGAAUUUCAGAAUUUUUCAGUUUUUUUUCUAUUAGUUGCAGUUGUAUUUUUGAUAUGAACAUUUUUUAUGAGCUUUAUUUGAAUUUUGGAAUUUUAUUCCCUGAUACAUAUUUAAUUUAUGAACAACAUUUUGGUUAAUUUUUUAAGUUUUAAGUGUCUUCUACCUAAAAACUCAGUCAAAUAAGAUGACCGACAGUAAGAGAGGACAAGUUGUGAGGAGUCAGACCUUGAAAGGGGAUGUUGGGAUUCCCUUUGCUAUGCCAGUGGGGCUCUUGAUCCAAGGAAUUGGUUUCUUUUUCUCCUUAAGGUCAAAUCUAAUUGCCUUCCCCCCCCCCUUCCCUUCCUUCCUCACCUCUUUUGACCUUAGUGGAGAUGCAGUACUUCAGCUCUUAGUAAAAAUCAUAAUCAAAUUAAGUGCUAAACUCUAAAAGGUCAUAUAAAAAGGAAAAGAAAUAGCUGUUGGCCCUGUUUUAACAUCUGUUGGUAGUGAUAAAAAAUAAAUCAUGGGUGACUAUCUAGUGGGGCCUCUGAUAGUGGAGGUGCUACUGGAGGUUGCCUGCAGAUCCAAAAGUGUAUGAUUGGAACUGGAGGUUGCCUGCAGAUUCAAAAGUGUACAAUUUCUGGGACAUAUAUUGUCAGCAAUAUAGACCAGGCCACCACUGUUGGCAAUAUCCCAGUCCCAAUACAGAUAGUCUUUCAUCAAUUUGAGCUGCCAGAAUAUUAGAGACCAAAUCUAGCUACAUCAUUUCCCUGUCAACAAACUUGAGAUUUGUCUAUCCAGUCCGUGGACUAAGAUGAUAUCUGAGCAAUAUAGCUAAGCUAACCUCUGAUUACGAGAACCUUCCAUCCUGUUUACACUGGAGGACACCACUUAGAGGCAAGAAAGCUAAAAUCAGCACCUUAACAGUGCUGGUACCUUGGCCAUCUGGCAAAAUAUUGCCUAUCAUGGUUGGAAUGACCAGUCUGGAAAAGCAGAUCAUAAUACCUACUAUGAUCAACCUCCUAUUUGCUUUAAGUGCUGAGUACUGUACACCUGCUUAUUCCCAUCUGCAUCUCAUUUUCCUUUGAGAAAGCAUAUAAACUGAUUGAAGGAAAGAUACUCUGUCACACACUGUAACAGUGAUCCAAAUUUAUCUUCAUGGAAAUAUACCAUGGAUAUCCUACUCCAGAGCUGCCAGUCAUCCUCAAUGCACUUAGUAGAAACCUUUAACAUUCACACCAGUGUUGAACCUAAAUGAAAAUUUUUGCUUAUGCUGUUCCUACUUCACCCUCUGCCAUCUUCACCACUUUUUUUUUUCCUGACAGUCUACCUCAAUCCCUGACUCCUGCAACUAUAACAAAAAAUUUGUAGAAAUAUUGUACAUACAUUCUUCUCUGCAUCUUUCCACUACUCCAUUUGUACCCACACAGAUCAUCUCAAGAGACAACCUCUCACACACACUUCCUUUCUUGUCAGUCGCCUAUGUCUAUCCCUCUGCUAUAUUUUCCUGUUCUUGCCUCUUUCAUCCCUGUUCUGUGACUACAUGUGAUGAAGGUUGUGUUGACAGUGAGAGAGAGAGAGAGAGACUUUGACAAAUUUCAGCUUUAAUGAGGAACA